CGCCAAAUGAUUCUACGAUCUCAAAUACAUAUUUACAUAGAAAGAAUCCCCUCGCAAUUAAUUCAAAGGCUUUAAAAAAAUAAGAAAACUAGUCAAUACUUCACUUGCUGUUUAAAUACAUGCAAAGGAUCAAACCUUUUUCUUGUUGACUUAUUCGAGUUUUUAGAGCAAGUAAAAGCUUUUUCAAACAUCAAAUAUUGACCAAAUUAUAUCAGUGAAAAAAUAUGGAGAUCGAUGAGAAACAAAUGUUUGAAUCUAACAUGAUAAAUGCAUGUAUGAUGGGACAUUUCCAAGUUAUUCACAAAUAUCUUGAAUUAUACAACAUAAAUGACGUUUUAUGUACUGGAUGGACACCGCUCUUAUAUGCUGCAUCAGGUGCACAAGCAGAAGUUAUUGACUAUUUUAUAAAGAAUGGGGCUGAUGUUAAUAAACAUAAAGAUGGAUAUACCCCAUUAAUGAUAUUAUGCAAUUCCUCAAAAAAUACAGUGGAAACUCGCCUAACGUGUUUAAAGUUAUUAACAAAAGCAGGUGCUAAUGUAAAUGCAAGCAAUAAGCAAAAACAAACACCUCUAAUGUUUGCUUCUAUGUCGCAAGAACCAGAAUUUGUGGCAGAACUAAUAAAACAUGUUAAAAAUAUUGAUGCAUACGACAAUAGAAAACAAACUGCUCUGAUGUAUGCCAUAAUAGCUAACAAACCAGAAAUAGUUAAAAUAUUAGUGGAAAAUACAGCCAAUGUUGCAUUAACUGACAUUAAUGAUUUAACUGCUAGAGAUAUAGCUUCUAUGAAAGGAUAUGAUAAAAUUCUAUCUUUAUUACAUUUUAAUGAAGAAGUAGAAGAAGAAACCAUACCUACUUAUGAAAUAGCUAAAAUGUAUAAUUGGAUGGAUAUGUUUCCAUUGUUAACUAAUAUAAGCAAUAAAACUAUAGAUUUUGACGUAUAUACAAUUUUACAUGGAAUGGGCUUAGAAAAGUAUAGUUACAUCUUUCAAGGGACGAGCCUUAAAGCUUUUUUAAAGUUAACGGAACAAGACCUCUGCCGAUUAGGAAUAGAAAUUAAUGCACAUAGAAUUCAAUUUAUAGAACAUCUUCAUAAAUUUCAUAGGAAAAAAUGGAGUAUACAGAGUAUUGGUGCAAUCGAUAAGUCUUUACCUUAUACAUUAUAUGACGGUAUAGUUUCUUUAGGUACAGUAGCCAAACAGGUUGCAAUUAUCGGCACUAGUUUUGAGCAUAUUAAGAACGAUUUACUAAAAGCAAAUGAUAACAAUAUACAUUUAACCAAAGAACAAAUGUCUAAUUAUGAAGAAGAAAUUGUAAAAACACAAAAAACUCUAUGCGUGCUCAAAAAGGAACUUGAACAAAUGGGAGCACUCUCGAAAAAGAUUCGAAAGGAUGAUAAUAUUGGUACACCAGCGACGUAUAUUUGUCCAAAAAACCAUAGGAUUAAUUGGUCUAUACUUUUAGGUAUUACACUUACUGUGGGAAUAUAUUUCUCUAAAAGAGUAUAUAUUCAAACUUAUUAGUUGAUCACUUAACGAAACUGUGAUUUCAUCUACCUCGAACCCUCCUACAAUAUG